AUGAGCAGCAAGGAAGAGCAGAGCAAGUGCUGCCCGCCCGCUGUUCCCGGCUCCACCUUCACCAUUCAGUCCAUCCUGGGCAGCGGCAGCGCCGACGGCCCCCGAGAAGCGGGCCCUAAGGCGGCCCCGUGGCCCCCGCGAGGUCGGAACCUCUCCCUUUCCUCGGACGAAGAGGAACCGAACGAGAGCUGGAAACACCGCGGCUGCUUCUGCCCCGAAGCCCACGGCCCCGCCGAGCCGUGCCGUAAGCAGCAGCCCCUCGGCUUCGCCCGUCUCGGCAGCACCAAGGGCAGCGGAGCCGCUGCGGGCGGAGCGGAACGGCCCCCCUUCCUCUCGGCCUCCCCGCAGGACUUUAAGGAGGACAAGGAGAAGCCGCUGGGAUCCUCUCCCUCUUACGGGGACAGGCAACGCGACGGCGGGGACCGGCAGGCCGGGGCCGCCAAAAAGAAGACGCGCACGGUGUUCAGCCGCAGCCAGGUGUACCAGCUGGAAUCCACCUUCGACAUGAAGCGAUACCUGAGCAGUUCGGAGCGGGCCUGCCUGGCCUCCAGCCUGCAGCUCACCGAGACCCAGGUGAAGACGUGGUUUCAGAACCGCCGCAACAAGUGGAAGCGACAGCUCUCGGCAGAGCUGGAGGCUGCCAACAUGGCCCACGCUUCAGCUCAGACUCUGGUGGGGAUGCCGCUGGUGUUCAGAGACAAUUCCCUCCUGCGGGUGCCGGUGCCGCGUUCCAUCGCCUUCCCCGCUCCUCUCUACUACCCCGGCAGCAACCUCUCGGCCUUACCGCUCUACAAUCUCUACAAUAAGAUCGAGUACUGA